AUGGCAACAAACAACAGGAGGAAAAGGAGAAACAACGGGUCUCCGACAAAGACCCGACCCGGAAUUCAGACUAGCCCGGAAACGACGGUCAGAAACUCCAGUUUCUCCCCUCCGCGUUCAACCUCGGUUGUGGAGCGUGACGUCAUCAUCACUGAUGAGCUUGCAGCGUUUGAGAACCUCGGAAUUUCGUCCUACCCGACUUCGUCGAACCCGCGAAGCUUCCCUUACAGUGUGAAGCAACAGUGCUGGGAGAAAGCGGACAAAAUCAAGGGCCGUGACCCGGACCGAUGGCGUCGGGACCCGUUGGGAAAUAUGGUAUUCCGGAAGCUUGUUGGUUGCCCCGGUUGCUUGUGCCACGAUUACGACCAUAUCAUUCCGUACUCCAAGGGAGGCCAAAGCACUUUGGAGAACUGUCAGGUUUUGCAGGCAACAGUUAACCGAUCGAAGGGAAACCGUACAGAGUUCACGAAAACGGAGCUGAUUCAGAAAAGCGCGUACUGUCGGGUUCAAGAUCGUGACAUGGAUCUUCUUGAACUUUCAGCAUAUGGCAAUGUUCGUCGUGGACAAGAUUCCGGGAGAUGUUUUUUCCAAGGGACUGAAGCAGUGAAGAAUUGUGAAGUGACUCAAGAUUGUUACAUUGUAUGUCCACCCCGCACCACUACCGUCAGUUGCGUUAACCAUAUAUGUAUUUGCGACGGUCAUAUUCCUCCGGCAACCGCCGCUGAUCGUACAACUAUACAAGUUGGAGAACACACUUAG